GCUACACUGAGGCCGUGGCGCGGUCGCCAUUUCUCUUCUGCUUUUCGGCUCUGGAUUUCUUUUUGUAGUGUAGCUGUUCUGAGCUGGACGUUGUGGUCCCUAAGCCCCUAGGUCUGUUACGACCUACGUACACAUCGGACUCGGGAUUUUCGACAGGAGGCAUAUCACACUAAGCAAUGGCGGAUGAAUUGGAUGUCGAGGCAAUGUUGGAAGCGCCCUAUGCGCGUGAUGGCACAUCCAAGUCCAAUGGUCAUCGUAGGCGAGAUCGUUCUCGUUCUCAUGACCGUCACCACAGACACCGCUCCCGUAGCCAUGAACGUCGGAGAGAAAGAGAGGGUGAUAGCGAACACUAUCGGGGCAGUCGUCGAUAUUAUGGGCAUGAUCGUGAGCGUUAUCGGCCGACACGCCACGAUGAUCUUAAAGAGCAUGAAAGAAAACCCCAUCGAAGUAAUGAGCACCGCCAAAAAUCACCUGAGCUGACUCCCGAGGAGCGUGACGCUAGGACCGUAUUCGUGUGGCAGUUAUCCGCCCGUAUCCGUCAGCGAGACUUGGAAGAUUUUUUCACCUCUGUUGGUAAAAUACGUGACGUCCGACUUAUUAUGGACAACAAAACUAAACGCUCAAAAGGCAUUGCCUACGUGGAGUUUCGCGAAGUGGAGUCAGCUCAGCUAGCUUUGGGUCUGACUGGCACUCGCCUGCUCGGAGUCCCCAUCCAGAUACAGCAGAGCCAUGCUGAAAAAAACCGCAUGAACGCUAUUCCCUCAGCCCCCCGGCCAGUUCAACAAAAUAAAGGUCCCAUGAAACUGUACAUCGGUUCACUUCACUACAAUAUCACGGAGGAGAUGCUCAAAGGAAUAUUCGAACCCUUCGGGAAAAUAGACGAUAUCAAGUUGAUCAAAGACCCUGCCACCGGCCGUUCCCAGGGUUACGGCUUCGUGACAUACAAUAAUAGCGACGAUGCAAAGAAGGCUUUAGAUCAACUCAAUGGUUUUGAGUUAGCUGGUCGUCCCAUGAAAGUCAACCAUGUUACAGAGCGGAACGAAUACGCAUGCUUAAGUGCACUGGAUAACGACGAGGCGGAUCGAGCCGGGGUCGAUCUUGGAACCACUGGUCGUUUAGCUCUGAUGGCUAAGCUGGCUGAAGGUACUGGGCUGGAAAUUCCGAAAGCUGCUCUAGCGCAACUGCACAUUGCACAAGCUAAUCCAAUACUCGGGUCAGCUGGUAGCGUGAGCUCUUCCUCCGCCAUCGCGCCACCAGUUUGCACCCAAUGUUUCAUGUUGUCUAACAUGUUUGACCCGCAUACCGCCACCCAUUCUAUGUUCAAUGAGAUUCGUGACGAUGUCAUUGAGGAGUGCAGCAAAGUUGGGGGUUGUUUACACAUUUUUGUGGAUCAGACAAGCGCACAAGGAAAUGUGUACGUGAAAUGCCCAAGUAUCGCUGUGGCUACACAAUGUGUGAACAUGCUCCAUGGUCGCUACUUUUCUAGUCGCCUUAUCACUGCCGCCUAUGUUCCCUUGAUAAACUAUCACCAGCUGUUCCCGGAUUCCGUCACUGCCAAAACCCUGUUGCAGCCAUCCAGUUGAUUGUACAUAAGCUUUAUUUCAAUUUGCUGAAAUGUAAAUGUUUGCUAAGUUUCAUUCGCUCUAAAUCCUUUGAAGACCCACGUAUGAGGUCUUGUUUAAUCAAUUUAUCCGUUUAUAUACCUGGGAUUUCAUUGUGUUGCUACCACUCUCAUAUGUAGGCUCUUUACAU